CCGCACGGAUGCUGCUGCCGCCACUUCGUACCUGCGGAAUUAUUACUAAUAGCUGCGCUUAUACGAUCAAUACAUCGAAUUGCUUUGGGCGGUGGGGAUAGCGCCAUGCAGGGGACUCUCAACAUUUUGUUUGAUUGAAAAUACAGUUUGCCAACAUGCUGUGUCAUUUUUGAAGCAGCGUGGACGGCUGUCCCAGACGUGUGAUGCUCAAGAUAUAGGAUGGCUAUAUUUAAUUGUAUCCAAUAGGUGUUCUCACCCCCCCCCCCCCCUCCCUCCUCCUGCUUUGCUCCGAUUAACUGUCUCGUUUAUAUGAACCAGUAAAGUGGAGGGUGAUUGGAGGAAAACGGCCAAAACCUAAAGAGUCCUGUUUUUGGUUGCGCGUGGAGGGUUGCGCUUGUAUGCUUGUCGGUUUUUUUCCCCACCGAGGAACCUGUCGGUGGGAGUCAAUUUUGGCUUUUACUGAUUUUGGCAAGGGGGCGCCAUCACAGACUCGAUCCCCCCCAGCAUAAUCAGAAACUCUACAGGAUCUUCCCAGUCUCGGUCCAGAUCGGAAUAUCUUCAGGUCGUGGUCCCGCUAACAGUGCUGGUGCCGGCGCUCCACAGACUGGCUCAUCACUAUCCAUGGGAACGGGUGGCGUGCAUCGCAGAUCCGCGCAACUCUUUUUUUCAAUGUUUGGCAUUUUUUGCAGGCGAGCAUUCUGACUUGUGAUCGAGAGGGAGACUCGGACUGGAGCAGCCUCCCCAAAAAAGCUCUCCUCACAUGGAAAUUUGCGCCUCGCUCGCACCGCAAAUCUUCCAAAACGGGGACCAGGGCCCUGAUGAUUUUUCCUUCAACGCUGCCAGUUUGUAUUCACUCGAUAAAAUGCAAAACUCCAACAGCAGAUGAACUAUGAAUGCUGAACAAAAUGAUCUCCUCCUUCCAGCGCCAGACAAUGAGAAGUCGUAGGCUAAAGGGGGCGCUAUCCAACCCCCUCUUUGUGCUACUCUUGGCCCUUCAGAUCUUAGUGGUGGCCGGGCUAGUUCGUGCUCAGACCUGUCCCUCUGUCUGCUCGUGUAGUAACCAGUUCAGCAAAGUCAUAUGCACCCGUCGCAGUCUACGGGACGUGCCUGAUGGUAUUUCGACCAACACCCGUUACUUAAACCUUCAGGACAACCUCAUACAGGUUAUCAAGGUGGACAGUUUCAAACAUCUGCGCCACUUGGAGAUUCUGCAGCUGAGCAAGAAUCACAUUCGCAGCAUUGAAAUCGGCGCCUUUAAUGGACUGGCAAGCCUAAACACCUUGGAGCUCUUUGAUAACCGACUCACGACAAUCCCCAAUGGAGCAUUUGAGUAUUUGUCCAAGUUAAAGGAACUGUGGCUUCGGAACAACCCUAUCGAAAGUAUACCGUCCUAUGCCUUCAACCGAGUCCCCUCGCUUCGAAGGUUGGACUUGGGCGAGCUCAAACGUCUCUCCUACAUUUCAGAUGGAGCCUUCAAGGACUUGAGCAAUUUGCGCUAUUUGAAUUUGGGAAUGUGCAACCUGAAGGAGAUCCCCAACAUCUUACCACUGGUAAGACUGGAAGAACUGGAAAUGUCUGGAAAUCAGCUGACUAUUGUCAAGCCGAGCUCCUUCACAGGAUUAGUCAACCUCCAGAAGCUCUGGAUGAUGCACGCCCAGAUCCAAACCAUUGAGAGGAAUUCCUUUGACGACUUGCAGUCGUUGGUGGAGCUAAACCUUGCUCACAACAACCUGACUUUUCUUCCACAUGACCUCUUCACACCUCUGCAUCGUAUGGAACGGGUCCACCUUCAUCACAACCCUUGGAAUUGCAACUGUGAUAUCUUGUGGCUCAGUUGGUGGCUCAAGGAAUCCGUGCCCGCCAAUACGAGUUGCUGUGCCCGUUGCCAUACCCCUACGCUCUUUAAAGGUCGCUACAUUGGUGAAUUGGAUCAUAGCUACUUCCAGUGCGAUGUUCCAGUCAUAAUAGAGCCACCCUCUGACUUAAAUGUGACAGAGGGGAUGGGUGCAGAGCUCAAAUGUCGUACAAGCUCCUUGACAUCCAUCAGCUGGCUCACACCAAAUGGCUCCCUGGUGACGCACGGGGCGUAUAAGGUGCGACUGUCGGUACUCAACGAUGGCACGCUUAACUUCACCAGCGUCACCAUGCAAGACACCGGGACGUACACCUGUAUGGUCAGCAACACUGCGGGCAACAUCUCCGCCUCGGCUGUGCUCAAUGUCACUUCUGUGGAAAACAGCGGGGUGACCUAUUUCACGACAGUCACUGUGGAGACCAUUGAGAGCCCGGGUGACGAUAGCCACACGCCGCUCCCGCCGUUCGGUUGGGUGUCCUCCUCGACCACAAAAACGACCCCGGUUUCAACGAGGACCACGGAGAGGACUUACACCAUUCCGGUUCUCGAUCUGGAUGGAGAGGGAGCCCUCAACGGCUUGGACGAGGUGAUGAAAACAACCAAGAUUAUCAUUGGCUGCUUUGUGGCCAUCACGCUCAUGGCUGCUGUUCUACUUGUUAUUUUCUACAAAAUGAGGAAGCAGCAUAACCAACAGGAUCCUGACGGCCCGGCAUCCUCUAUGGAAGUCAUUACAGUUGAAGAAGAGCUUGCAGGUGUCGCUGCAAUUGACAGACACCUAUCGCUGCCCCCACUGGAGCACUACAACCACUACAACACCUACAAGAGCACUUAUCAUCACCCCUCAAUGCUCAGUACCAUACACAGCUCAACCACACAGGAACAUUUACUGAUCCAAGCUUGUUCAAAAGACAAUGUACAAGAGACCCAAAUCUGAGCCUACAUUUUGCAUACAGUAAUAUUCAACACGAGCGGUGUUAGGACACCGCAAAGAAGAAGAAGACGAGAAUUACUCCAAGGAGACUCCAAUGUCAACGACACUGCUAAAUCAACAUUUGGCAAAGGGACCACCAAUGAUACUUUAUUAAGUGUCUUUACAAAAACAAAGCUUAUUUAUUUAAAAACUGUCUGGUGACUAAAGACAAAAACUAAUUGUGAUAGCUUUUUAGCUCGUUUUCCUUUUUCUUUUAUCUCUCGCUCUCUCUCUCUCUGUAAUGUUGCACAAGGAAAAGAAUGGUUUGCCAAACGUGAAUAUGGAAUGUAGGUCUUGUACUGAAAGAAAUACAAUUUCAUUCAAUUUAGUGUUUGGUCUCAGCUGUUAUGGUUUUGUGAGGGGCAUUGUUUUAGUGUAUACAAGCCUUCGUUUGCUUGUUGUUCAGUGUACGGCAUCCACUCCACAUUGAGGCAGCUGUCUAUACUACUUCAGCAUAAGAUGAGUUAAUUUUCAUAAUCCCACGCUACUUGCUGCCAUUCAGGAGAACCUUUUGAGGAAAAAGCUCUUGCUGAUAUCAAAGGGAAGCCUGCGUGUCUGAAGACGAAAGCAGUCAAAUUAGUACGUGCAUUAGAGCCACCUUAAAGCGGCCAUAUACUAUCCAUUGUAGUAUAACGAGUAAGACCUUCAUUUACCCAUUAUUUACAAGUCAUUGCUUAAUUAGUUUCUCCUAUAAAUAUUGUUUCCUGUUAUCUCAAUUAGUUUCUCCUGUUUUUCAUGUUGAUCAAGGCCCCCUGUAGCUUCCCCCCUUCUCGUUUACUCCGUGUCCCCAUGCUUGUCCUUCUUUGAUUGUCUCUGCUGCUUAAUUCAGGGACAUUACCCACCCCUUGCCAUGUCUCAUUUGUCUCGCUUUCGCCGUCGGCAUGUGUCGCACGAUGGCAGAAUACUGCUUGAGAAAAUGAAGGGGAGCAUAAGGCUGCAGUCAGUAUCCUCCCUUUUAACCCAGUUAUGAUGUAUGUCCAUGCAGUGUGGCGUUACCUCGCCAUCACCCUGGGGUCACACAAGCUCAUGUGCUGAUAGUCCAUCUGUUGGUACAGAUAAAGAGGCAAAUGAGGCAGCUUUGUAAUGUAGUGUGACCCUGUCGGACCAAUGCAGACAGGGCUAACAGACUCGGUGAAGCAGCAAGGGACCUGGCACAAAAAAAGGGAGAUAGGUUACGUCUCAUUAAACUGCAUCAGCACUUCAUUUGCAGACCAAGAGAGCAAAAGUGAUAACCAAACAGCAUUAGACUUUUUCACCAUCCAUAGGCCGAGCAUAGCGGGGGUUGAGAACUUUCAGCUUGGUGUCAUUGAUGUCAGAUCACAAGAAAAAUGCCCAUCAAAACAUGGUUUUAGGAGUCUGCUGCUGAUUUCAUUCAUUUUUUUGGAAUGGUAAAAAAAGAAGAGUAGGUGUGUGGAGAAAGGAUAAACCCACAACGGUCACAUGGGGUCUUCAAACAGAAAUCUGGAAGAUAUGAAGGAAGAGGAAUAAAAAAUAGAUAAGCUAUAAGGAGGCAAAACUAGCCAUCGCUCUGUCGCCAUGGAAACGGUGACCUUGUGCAGAAAGUAAGAUGUGGUAGAUAUGCCUUUCACUUGUCUAUAAUGGUCGUCUGUUCAACAAGCUUGUUUUGAUUUCCUGGUAAAGAUUGUGCAGAUACCAUUAUUUUAUUUCUGAAGUUGAAAUAAUGUGGUGGGCAUUUACAGCUGGAAUAAUAGAAUUUUGAGCAACAUGUGACAUCAUCAUUGCAGAGCACUCUGCAGCUUCAUGUUUUUAAAUGAAAUAAUGGUGCCUGAUUUGAAAAUGGGACCAGUUUAUAUUUCCAUUGCCCCUUCCGUUCUUGAAUUCAUAUUCAGUAAGGACGGCAACCAUGGAGGAAUAUAAUAAAGGCCUAUCACUCAAAAACUCAUCUGCGUCUGAUCAGUUAGUCACCCGCAUUUUUUUUCAUUAGUUCUCAAUAACAAAUGUGAUGGGAGCAAAAUAUACAUUAGGAGACCAAUGUGUGGAUGCACACUGCAGAAAUGGAUUAGAAAUGUCUGCCGUUCUGCUGGAGUUAUGAAUGAUGUGGGCAUCAAUAAUAACAUUAAAUGUGAACCAUUCUUUCCCUUUUCCAGUUUUCUGUUUUGGUGCUCAGUUUCUUUUCACUGCUUUUUGUGAUUUAUUGAUUCAGUGUUGAUGCUGGCUAUAAUUAAAACAGUUGGGAUUUUAUAUUUGUAUGUAUUUGAGAAUGGGGGUCGAGAUGCUUCUUUUUUCCAGAGUUAAUGGAUUUUUAUUUUUUCUCUGCAUUGGUAGUAUUAUGUACAUGAGUAAACCGGCCCAAAGUGAAAGGCUGUUUUGGGACAAAACUAAGACUGUUGUGUAGAAUGUUGGACAUGAAAUACCAGCAGCGUGUGCUUGAUUUUUGUGCAAAAUCCAAGACAAGAUAUAAUUCGUGUGUGUUAUUCUGCCAACUGUGUAUGUAUGGGAAAGGGUAUUGGAUGUAGGAAUAUUCGCUCUCAUUUUUGGAGAGAGCAACCAUCAAACGAUUACGUUUCUACAAAAAAAUAAAUAAAUAAAUAAAUAUUUUCAAAAACAUAUUGCAAGAAAAAAAAUUAAGCUCAUAAUUUUACAUGUGCUUCUAUUGUUUGAAAAAUGCAGAAGGAAAAAAAAUUGGUGACAUAAAAGAACAGCAAGAGACUGUGCUUGUAAUAAGUCCAGCUAAUUUCUCUGCAGAUGAAGUCCACUUAUUGAUACCAGAGAUUGUAGUUCAUACUGUACAUGAAUAUGAAUAAAAUGCAUUUUUUUCCUAAUA